AUGCCUGUUGGUAUGGGAAUCAAUGGCUUCGGUCGCAUUGGCCGCCUCGUCUUCCGUGCCGCCAUGGGCAAUCCGGACGCCGAGGUCAAGGCCAUCAACGAUCCCUUCAUGGACCUCAAGUACAUGGUCUACCAGCUCAAGUAUGACAGCGUCCACAAGACCUUUGCAGGCACGGUGGCGUGCAAGGAGGCAGAUGGCAAGGAGUUCCUGGUCGUCAACGGCAAGGAAAUCGCGGUGUUCCACGAGAAGGAUCCGGCAUCCAUCAAGUGGGGGGAGACUGGGGCCGACUAUGUUUGCGAGUCCACCGGUAUCUUCACCACCAAGGAGAAGGCCGAGCUGCACAUCAAAGGCGGCGCCAAGAAGGUCAUCAUCUCUGCCCCGCCCAAGGAUGACGUCCCCAUGUACGUCGUUGGCGUGAACCACACCGAGUAUAAGAAGACCGACACCGUGGUGUCCAACGCCUCCUGCACGACCAACUGCUUGGCGCCGCUGACCAAGGUUGUUCACGAGAAGUUCGGCAUUAUCGAGGGCUUGAUGACCACCGUCCACGCAAUGACUGCAACACAGCUUACUGUGGACGGCCCCUCCCGCGGUGGCAAGGAUUGGCGCGGAGGACGAUGCGCCUCCCAGAACAUCAUUCCUUCUUCCACCGGCGCUGCCAAGGCUGUGGGCAAGGUCAUCCCGGCGAUGAACAAGAAGCUGACAGGGAUGGCGUUCCGCGUGCCUACUCCGGAUGUGUCCGUGGUGGACUUGACCUGCCGUCUGGAGAAGCCCGGAAAGUACGAGGAGAUUGUCGCUGCCAUCAAGGAGGCGGCUGCCGGACCAAUGAAGGGCGUCCUUGACUGGACGGAUGAGGAGGUGGUGUCUACGGAUUUUGUGACUUGCAAGGCUUCCUCCAUCUUCGACGUCGCAGCCGGUAUCUCGCUGAACGACAAUUUCGUGAAGUUGGUCAGCUGGUACGACAACGAGUGGGGCCGCUGGCCGUGA